AUGCUCUCCUCCGAUCCGGACUCUGCGGACUCAGCGGAGGACACGGCGGCCAGUGCUCCCAAUGAUGCUGAGGGAGAGGAGCAGGAGGAGGAGGAGGAGGACUCGCCAGUUGAGAGUGAUGUCCUGGAGGAGCAGUGUCCAGUGAAGCAGUCCCUGGGUGCUUGCAUCUGCCAGGAGUCCCAUUGGCGCUGCCUGCUGCUCUCUCUGCUCAUGUACAGCUGCCUGGGCGCGGUGGCCUGGUGUCAGCUGACCCGGGUCACCAAAAUCAGCUUCAACUCCGCCCUAACCUCCUCCUUCACGGCCUCUUUCACCUCCUCCCUGCGUGGGGCCUCUGGGUCGGGCGUUCGAGGACAGUCAAUGAUCUACCACGACAGCCCUUGCUCUGACGGCUACAUCUACAUCCCUCUGGCCUUCCUGCUCGUACUCUACGUCUUAUACAUGGUGGAGUGCUGGCACUGCAGAGCCAGGAGCGAGCUACAGAACAAAGCAGACGUGGACAAUGUGUAUGAGCGUGCACUGCGGAUGAGACAGGCCCAACCUUGCAUAUGGUGGAAGGCUAUCAGCUACCACUUUGUGCGACGGACUCGACAAGUCACUCGAUACCGUAACGGGGAUGCGUACACCACCACUCAGGUGUACCAUGAGAGAGUGAACACCCACGUGGCUGAGGGUGAGUUUGACUACAGCCACUGUGGGAUGAAAGAUGUAUCGCAUGACCUCAUAGGCUUGGAGGGACACCCGGCAACUCGCCUGCGCUUCACCAAAUGCUUCAGCUUCACAGAGGCCGGUCCAGAAAAUGAUUACCUCAACCAGAGAGCCAGGUUCUUCUCUGAAAUCGAGGGUUUGGACGAUUACAUGGAGGCCAGGGAGGGGAUGCAGCUGAAGAAUGUGGACUUCAGAGAAAACCUAAUAGCCUAUAUAGAUCCAGACAGGAUGCCUUGGUACACUUCCCAAGUUGCCUUCUGGCCGGCAGCUCUGCUGAUGUUGUCCUGGCCUCUGAGAGUGCUGAUAGAGUACCGCACUGCUUAUGUGCACUACCGCAUAGAGAAACUAUUUGGGUUAGAGUACAGACCCUCUCCUCUAGAUGAAGACAGGCCUUUGGGGAAUAAUACUGGUUGUGUUAUUCCAAGAGUAAACACACUGGACAGCACUGAGAUGGAGUGGCACAUACGCUGUAACCGCCAGGUGAUUCCCAGCUACUCAGAGGCCAUGCUGAUAAACUUGAGCACAGCAGACUCAUUACAAGACACCUCGUCCUCAAACUGCUUCCUUCUGGACAGCAGCCAGACUGCUCAGAGUUACGGCGCUCUGCAAAGCCAGGAGGACUGUGAGCAAUGCAGGGAGCCCAACGGGCGAUGUGAUGGAGGAGGCAGGAGGAGGACCAUCACCAGCUCCAGCUGCUCCUCCAUCUUCUCCUGCCGCGGAGCGCUGCUCCGCUCGCACCUCUCCUCGGACACGUCUCGAUUCUCUCUGUGCCGCAUGUACGGCUCCCAUCGCACCGUGUCUCUGUGGAGGAGCCACAGCAGCAACCUGACUGACCCCUGCUGCAUUGAGGAGCAAUGCUGCCAGUCCGACUCCAGCCGGCUGGCGCUCAGCGACAGUCCACCGACUUAUAGGGACGCCCGGUUCUUCCCGGUUCUCAUUGUGCAUCGGUCUGAGGGCUGUGGCAGCGAGGACGGGAGGGAAGUGAGGCGAUACUACAUACGCAGAGGGUCGUCCUGUGUGGAGACGGAUCUGUGA